AUGGCUUCUGCCGCUAUUAUUGUAGGAACGUCACCGUAAUCAUGAGCUGAUUGACGGCGUUUUCGGUCAAUUCUUUCACAACUCCCAACCUCCCUCUCCCAUUCGCAGCCCUCACUUGCGUUCCCGAAUAGAUGGGUGUGAAGUAGCUAAAUGAAAAAAAAAACCAACCAGGCACGCGCAACAAGUGAGGGGCGUGGUGUGAAUCAAGAUCUGAUCUCACCGGAAUGGUAAAGUCUCACUUGCUAGCAUCGGUGAUCAAGUUACGCUAGGGAUGGCACUUGGCCAUUCUCUCUUCCGUCCCCACCGUAUUUAAAGCAGCCCAACCUUGACAGCUGCUUGCCCCCCAAACUCAAGAUGUCGUCUCUGGAACGCAUCCCGCUUGAUGUCCUCUUGCAAAUCGCAUUCUUUAGCGCGGAGCCCGCGCCACUGACGUCGCUCGAUAGUCUACUUCAGCUUCUCCUCACCUCCCGUACACUCUAUCGUCUCUUGUCGAUUCGGACAUGCCCUCAGCUAUACGCUGACAUUUUCCGCGUAACUUUCGACCUGUCGGGGUAUCUUCGCAAGUCAGGGCAGUCUGCUAAGACAACGUCAUACCUUGCGCAGGAACUCCGGAGGCGUGCAGGUUUACUGCGCCGGAUUCGUCGGUUUCAUAUGACUCACGAACACCUACUUUCGGACCUCUGGGGCAUAUAUUUCAUGCUUCUCGAGAGUGAUUCUCUCAACGAGAUGCAUCUGCAUUCCGUUGGUGUUUCCCAAUGGAUACUAGGCGUUCUGGAGAACCUCUGUCCCGCGACCGGUUCCUGUGAUCAGCAAACUGUUGCACUCGCUAUUGUAGUGACGUCUUUGGUCUUGUCACGGAAUGAUAUUUCCGCGCUGCGGCCGGAGGCCUACAAUCGGAUACUCGAUUCGAUACGGCCAUUCGCAACGUACACACCUCUCCACCUUCAUGAGGACGCUGCGCGUUCUCACUAUUUCGGUCAGGGGCCAAGCGAUGGCACUCUCUACAACGGACUGACGAUAUUUCCACCGAGUCUUUCGUCAUCUUCCAUAUUCCUGACAUUUGCUUUGAAAGAGGCAAUACCUCUCCAAGUUCCCCCUCAUCUUCCGGCAACGAGGGCGGAAGCGAUUGCUGUAGGAAAUGAUGGGCCGACGAAGGAAGAUUUCUUUGCCGUUACAGCGAUGAGAACGCCGCUUCUGGCGGAUUCAUUCCAGCCAAGUCGGUCUCGCGAAUCUGUCUCAGAUCUUUCUCAAGAACAGCGACGGCCAUCAAGAAGCACGAUACAUGAUGAAGACUUCUCUCGCGUAGCUCGGCGCCUGGAUCUUUUCCCUUGUGCUCAGGAGCUUGAGACAUAUCUACCUGGUCUACUUACCGGUAUUUGGGAAGGGAGUUACAUGGUGGCGCCGUCGGUUGCCGCGCACCCUUUUGGCAUUGAAGAGAACCAGGACUUCCUCUGUCGGAAGCCCAUCCAAUUCCGGCUGGAAGAGUUUCUUUCUUUCGCUCCAUGGCUUCCCUUGCCGAUCGACUCCAGCCCAUCCACGGACAAUCACGGGUUGCAGAAUCCGUCUGACAGAAAUGAUGAACCCCCUUCGCUUUCUGUCCAGUUUAUCGAUGGCAACACGGGGAAAUGCUAUGAUUACGAGCCCCUUCGCCUAAGUGGCGUACCCAAGUCUGGCAGGAACGCUCGGCACGCCUUGGAUGUCGUCAUCAUUGGUGAAACUCCACGCCGGUUCCAGGUUGCAUGGGGUGCGUAUAAGUACAUCGGGCGGGUUCGCUUAUCGGACGGAUUAAUUAGCCUAACGCGGAAACCGCUGACAGCUUCAGAAGACGGGUCUGGGAUUUGGGUAUUCGAGGGGUACCUCCAAAGCAGACGCACGUUCGUUGGUAGGUGGAACUCGCUGAGCACAGAUGAGCCAGGGGUAGGAGGCAUAUUUAGUGUUUCCAAGACUUCGGACUCAUAGGACGAUCGAAUGGUUAGUGUAAACGUUGGUUACUAGCACGGCCAACAUUCCCAUUAAACAGCAUUAUUUAAUAAUGUACAUGCAUACAGUAUUACUUAUAGUAUAGUACGAUUGCUGAGACAGUGAUGCCUGGAACUAACAUGGUUUGUACAUGCGUGUACUAAGUACAGUUGGG